AAUGAAUAAUCAGAAGGAAGAUAUGGAGAUUGCCUCCCAUUAUCAUCAUCUGCUUCAGGAACUCAAUGAACAAAGGCAGCAUGGUAUCCUCUGUGAUGUUUGUAUUAUAGUGGAAGGAAAGAUUUUCAAGGCUCAUAAAAAUAUUUUACUUGGGAGUAGUCGUUACUUCAAGACAUUGUAUUGCCAGGUGCAGAAGACCUCUGACCAAGCCACAGUCACUCAUUUGGAUAUUGUAACGGCACAGGGCUUUAAAGCAAUCAUUGACUUCAUGUACUCGGCACACCUUGCAUUGACCAGCAGGAACGUUAUUGAGGUGAUGUCAGCUGCCAGCUAUCUUCAAAUGACUGAGAUUGUGCAAGCUUGCCACAAUUUCAUAAAGGCUGCUCUUGACAUAAGCAUAAAGUCUGAUGCAUCGGAUGAUCUUAUUGAUUAUGAGUUUGGGGCUUCCUCUAGCAGCAGUACGGAUGCUCUGAUUUCUGCUGUCGUGGCUGGUAGGAGCAUAUCUCCCUGGCUGGCUCGAAGGACAAGUCCGGCAAACUCUUCUGGAGAUUCAGCUAUUGCUAGCUGUCACGAAGGAGGAAGCACCUGUGGAAAAGAGGAUCAAGAGCCAAAAUCAGAUAGUCACGAUGACAUGUCAUCCCAGUCUCUUUGGUCGACUGAUUUGGCCUAUGGGACUUUGCGUGUCAAAGAAGAACAGAUCUCUCCCGCUCAUUAUGGAGGGAAUGAAUUACAGUCUGCCAAAGAUAGCGCAAUGCAAAAUGCUUUCUCAGAACAAGGAACUACAGAUGGGUGGCAGCCGACAGGGCGUAGAAAGAAUAGAAAAAAUAAGGAUACUGUGCGCCAUAUCACACAACAACUUGGAGAGGACAGCAGGACAACUUCACCAGUGCCACCCUUUCUAACUGCCCCUGGAUGGCCAUACAGUAAUCAAGAAGCAAGUGUGGAUCUGACAGGGGCAGAGCCCAACAAUUCUGACAACAGAAUAGAGAGAGUGGAUCUUUAUGCAAAGGUUGAUGAAGCACUCCUCGGAGGUGAUGUGAGUUAUCUCUCUCAGCCACUUAAUCCAGAGAAAGAGGAUGCACUUCAGGCUCUAGCAGUUGCUAACUUGCGAGCAGCUCUCAUGAGCAAGAAUAGCUUAUUGUCCUUGAAAGCUGACAUGCUGGGAGAAGAGAGUUCUCUGCUCUUUGAAUAUUUACCCAAAGGCACACACUCAUUGUCCUUAAAUGAGUUCACGGUCAUCAGGAAGAAGUUCAAGUGUCCCUACUGCAGCUUCUCAGCCAUGCACCAGUGCAUCCUGAAGAGGCACAUGCGAUCCCACACAGGAGAACGACCCUACCCGUGCGAAAUUUGCGGGAAGAAAUUCACCCGGCGGGAGCACAUGAAGCGGCACACCUUGGUUCACAGCAAAGACAAAAAAUACGUCUGCAAAGUGUGCAGCCGUGUGUUCAUGUCGGCCGCCAGCGUGGGCAUCAAGCACGGUUCCCGUCGCCACGGCGUGUGCACGGACUGUUCUGGCCAUGGCAUGGUUGGCCACUUAGAGGCCGGUGUCCGGGACGGGUCCUCAGAUGGAUUGUACGGCGCCGAGGGCCCUUACGCUGAAGACCCCGACGACCUCAAGGCGGAAGGAGACGAAGAGGAGGAAGAGGAUCUGAAAUGGAAAGAGGAGACGGAGGUUUCACAAGACGAGGCCAUCUUGGAAAAUGGCAAAGAUGGUGCUGACUCUGCCCCAGAGAAUCCCGGGGAGGCUGACAAGGAUUUCACUUGGAUUUCUUAGGGAUUUGGGGGUUUUUUCUGCCAGUUUGGGGAUUGCAAGGUGAGGAGAG